AUGUCCAGUGCAGAUGAAAUUAGGUCCAAAAGGCUAGCAAAGUUAGCCGCGUUAAGUUCUAGUAAUGCAACUGAGAAACUGUCGUCAACAGAGAAAGAAACAAAUAAAGGGGAAGCUACAAAUAAAGGGGCAGCUGCACAUACAGAGGCAGCUCCAUCCCCCACUCCUAGGCCCAAACCAAAUGAAGAACAUUUCGAUUGGGCGGCAAAUAAAGUAUCAAGUAUCUUCAAUCUCCCACCAUCAAGUGAUAUUGUCACUACUGCUCACCAAGUUGCUGAAAAUGAAAUAGGCAAACUUGAUGAAAACUACCUUGACGAGGUGUUCAUGGAGCUCUUGAACUCAGACUACACUCAGCCAGACCCACUAAGCUAUAUAUAUCCCAUCUAUCAACGUGCAUAUUAUGAAAAACGUGAAUUGCCGGUAAAGUCACAUUUUUACAAUGAAAAGAUUGCAUUCCUAUCAACAAUACUAAAGCAUGCUGUAAGAUACGCAAAUAUGGCCUUACAGUUCCCCGAUAUGUUUGCAAAGUCCAAUUUGAAGGAAUCAGUCAAUUUCCUCAUUGAAAAAUUCUCUGAAAUAUCGCCGUUUUUAAUGCAAAUUAUUCAGGAGGCAAUAGAAGACGAUGGCGUGUUAACCUUGUUGAACUUGAUUUUUCCAACACUUAGCGUUAAGUUGAUACGAAAAGAGUCUAUCACUAGUGGGAAACACCUUGGCUAUAUGAGGAUGUUUGAAGCUUUGGUCCUGUUGAAACCAGUUGCGGCUAUUUUUUCACAAGUUGAUGGAUUUUUCCCAAGCCUGAAGCAAACGGGACUAGAGUUUGAGUGGCACUCAUUAUUGGGGCCGGUAUUAAGACUUUCUCCUUUAGAUGCCUCUUCCGAACAGUACUUUGGUACAAAUCCAAAGGAAAUGUCACAACCGCAACUUAAUAGUGCAUUCGAGUUAGCACAAAGCGAGUACAGGAUAAUAAUUGACCAUUUGUUCACCAUUGUUGAUAAAUUAAUUCGUGGCUCAACAAAAACCAGAGAGGAUGUCUUAAAGUGGCUCGCUGACCUAGUAAACCUAAGCCAUUUGAGGAGAGGAAGUCAUGCUGAUUUUACAAAGCUUCCAAGUGAUGGUCUAAUGUUGAAUAUUACCGUGAUAUUAAUAAAAUUAAGCCAGCCGUUUUUGGAUUAUCCAGUUUAUGCCAAAAUCAACAAAAUUGACGUUGAUUAUUUUGCAAAAAGUAAAUUAUUGGAUAUCCUGGAAGAAGCAAGAGUCAAUUCGCUGAUAGAUGAAGCCAAUACCUAUAGUAAACAGAAACAGGAAGAAAACGGUUCCGGUACCAUUUCUAAGCCAAAUUUCAUUUCCGACUGUUUCAACUUAACUUUAGCUUAUGUACAUUAUGGUAUGGGUGGGAUAUAUAUAAAAUUUGAUAGGCUCAAACAAAACAUUAAACAAAGUGAGCAAAGGAUAGCAAUGAUAGAGUCCGGAGAGCUACCGGGAACGACCCCAUUACAAGCAAAUGCAUUGAGAGCAGGGUUGCCGAGAAUGAAAAAGGCAGUAGGAGAAUUUAUUUCUGAAAAAUACGCCAUUCAAGCAAUUUUCAGUCUCCGGGGAUUACAGUUGGAAAUUUUUGAUUUCGUUAUUGGCGCAACUGUUUUUAUAACCAGAAUGAUUGAUCCAAACCACGCAUAUCCUCAAAAGAAGUUGUCCAUUCCAAUUUUUAGAAUCACAGAUGUUUCACAAUUGGACGAUCAUGAUUUCCUAAAGACAAAGACACCAGAACCGUGGAAAUAUUACCCCGAGUUUCUACUUGAAGGGCUUAUCAACUAUUGUAAGUUUUCCGUUAAUUUCAGAGGAUGUCCAUUAGUUGGAAAUGAGGAGAAGUUGAUUCAUUUUGUUGAAUUCACCACUAUAUUGCUCAGGUGUCCAGAGCUAAUAGGAAAUCCCCACAUGAAAGCAAAUUUGGUUGAAAUUUUGUUUAUUGGAUCAUUACCAGGACCAAAUGGUCAAGAAGGUUUCAGUGCAUCCAUAUUCCGUAGUGAUGAGCUAAUUUUGAGCAAUUUGUUGUAUUCAUUACUCGAUUUCUACGUUAUGGUUGAGAAAACAGGUGCAUCAUCUCAAUUUUAUGAUAAGUUUAAUAGCAGGUAUUAUAUCUCAGUAAUUCUUGAGGAAUUAUGGAAAACGCCACACUAUAGAUUUCAACUAAAAGAUUACUCAGAGAAUAAUGUUGAGUUUUUCAUUCGAUUUAUUGCGAGAAUGCUCAACGAUACAACUUACUUAUUAGAUGAAUCGUUCAACUUGUUGAAUUCGAUUCAUGACUACCAAGUUGAAAUGAAGCGUCGUUUAGUUGGAGAACCAACUAACGAAGAGAUGGGGAGCACAGAGGAAUUGAGUAAUAAUUUGGAAUCUGCGGAGAAAAGAGCCAAAUCAUUAAUGAGCUUAUCAAACAAAACAAUUGAGUUGUUUAAAUUGUUUACUAGAGAAGUACCCCAAGGUUUUGUAUUGCCAGAACUCGUAGAUAGACUAGCAGGUAUGUUGGACUUUAAUUUGUCCGUUUUGGUUGGUCCCAAAUGUUCAAAUUUAAAAGUUGAAGCUCCUGAGAAGUACGAUUUUGAACCAAAAAAGGUUCUUAGUGACAUUUGUGAAGUUUAUGUGAAUCUUUCAUCGCAAAAGGAGUUUGUUGUUGCUGUAUCUAGAGAUGGAAGAUCUUUUAAUAUCUCAUAUUUUGAAAAAGCAGAAAACAUUUUAACAACAAGAACGUUUGUUGAUAAUAAGAUAAUCGACCGAUUAAGGAAAUUCUCUCAAAAGGCAGAGGAAAACCGAAAAGUUGAAGAGAAUGAAGAAUUGGAAUUAGGAGAAGUACCCGACGAAUUCCUUGACCCGUUGAUGUUUACAUUAAUGGAAGAUCCUGUCAUCUUGCCUUCAUCAAAGAUUAGUAUUGAUAGGUCAACCAUAAAAGCCCAUUUGUUGAGUGAUGCAACUGAUCCUUUCAACAGGAUGCCUUUGAAAUUGGAAAAUGUAAUUGAUGAUGUUGAAUUAAAGGAGAAGAUAAAUGCAUUCAAAAAGCAAAAGAAAGAAGCGAAACAGAAUAAUGGGGAUGUAACAAUGUCUAGUUAA